AUGCCGACGAUUCCUUCUUCAGAGGUACCUACCUCAGUCAUACUAGUCGGGCCCCUCCUUGCAGUGUCCGCUGUACCACCAGCGGUAUAUCUGGCACCUCCUAUAGUUGUGCCUACUACGUACCUGGCACCACCGCCGCCUGUGCCUUCUACUGCGUACUCGACACCCGCACCAGCAGUACCAGUUGCUCCCUAUCUAGUACCACCACCUACGGUACCUUUAGUCGCUCCUACGUAUACUUUGCCUGCAGUGCCACCAACGGUACUGACUCUGGCUUAUGCAGCAGCACCUGGGGUACCUUUCCCGGCUUAUCCGGCGGUACCCCUUGUAGUAUCAGCUCCAGUGGUUCCACCAAUUCUCGCGGCGAGCUCUACUCACCCUAUUGAUAUUAUUGCGGCAUAA